UCCUACGCGGUGAUGGAGUACCCUACGCGGUGAUGGAGUACCCUACGCGGUGACGGAGUACCCUACGCGGUGAUGGAGUACCCUACGCGGUCCAUGCAAGUAGAUUUAAAGGAUGUAACAAGAGUUGUAGAAAGUCAUGCUGUUCCCGGAUAGCACCCGGAUGUGGGCCACUUCAGGCAAUGAUGCGGCGCUGGUGGUCUUCUUCUGGCCCUGACAAACUGGAUGUGAGCCUGAAGUGGCCCACAUGUAUAAUAGCAAAUCAAAUAUGUGCCUUCUUUGGCAAAGAUGUGGUGCUCUCGGCAACAUGUGAUCUGGAUGUGACCCUGAAGUGGCCCCGUGUGGUAAAUGGUGAACAUGGCCCAAACAUCACAAAACAAAUAUGGGCCACCUUUGGCAAAUAUGUGGCACAUGCGUCAUUGCUAUGGUUUGUUUCUGGCCCAGAUCUGGCAAACAGGAGCGGACCGCCCAAGUGCCAUCAUUCCGCGCGGUAUGUGGGUCGGAUGAAAGUGUCGGAUGUGGGACGGGUCCGGACCAAGGCAGUUUUGCCAUCUGGGUUCAGGAUGAUUGACGGAGAAAGGGAUGCUGGGGUCAUUCUGCUCCCAGGCUGUGCAGCUGCUCCCUGCAGCUUCUCUUUUCUCAAAUCAGGACAUCCCUUCAGCCCUCCUCUGCAGCAAACACUCAGCAUUUACAACCCUUAUAAACAUAUUUUAUUUAUAAACAUGUUUCAGUACAAGGUCGUCCAUCAUUUAGCCGGUAACCAUCAUUUAGCCGGUAACCAAUCUAUUGUUGUUACACAUGGCUGCGAAGGUGACUCAUCCUUUGUCCUUCGUACUUCUUUUAAUGAGAUGGUUACUAUAAACAGUUGCUACAACCUCUGUAAGAUACUUCAGUCCAAAUGUUAGAUUUGUCUGAAUUUUCUCAGGGGAAACUACAAUGCUCGGCCGACAGGGCGUUUGAUUUUGUACAGAUUUUUGCCCCCCGCCCUCCCAAAAAAACAACAACAAAUGGGCACCUCCAUGGUUAGAGCGUAUAGCACACGGUUCAUGUGGUUGCUGGUUAGAAUCCAGCUGGCGACCUUUGUUGCAUCUCUCUUUCUCUAUUUCCUGUCUGCCUCCACUGUGACUUUAUAAUAAUAAAGUAUAAAAAU